AUGCGGCCUUUAUCAGGGUUUCAUCAUCCUUUCUUCAGAGGUUUAGUCUUUCGUCAAGGGAUUUACCAUUCGUCAGAGGGAUUUGUUUUUCAUCUUUCACCUGCUUUAAAUAAAAGGGUUUCGUUUAACUAUGGACAAUACUGUUUUCGAUCUGAUUUUACGCCACGCCGCGUAAAAUACCGGAAAGCACACAAAGGGCGAGUUCCUGUUCGUACGGGUGGUUCGACUAAGGGUAACACAAUUGUUUAUGGCGAAUAUGGCCUACGCGUGAAGGACGGUGUCCGUUUGUCUUCGAGCCAACUCACAGCAGCUUGGCAAGCCAUCAAGCGCAAAAUAAAAGUGAUUAAAGGUUCACAAGCAUGGAUGCGUAUAUUUCCUGAUAUUCCUGUUACGAGUAAAGGAAAUGAAACCAGGAUGGGAAAGGGAAAAGGUUCAUUCAAAUACUGGGCAUGCAGAGUGCCUUUGAAUAAAAUUGUAUUUGAAGUAGGAGGUGGAGGCAUUCGAAGAGAAGUUGCAAAAGAUGCAUUGAGGUUGGCAUCUGACAAAUUGCCUGUAAAGACAGAGUUUGUGGAAAAUGUUUAG